AUGAUCCGGCAAUUCUGGGCCUCCUGUGUUUUCCCGCUGUUCCUGGUCGGCUUCGCUCAGCAGACCUUAGGGCUGCAGAAGAUGAAGAUGGAUUGUGACAAAGAGGUGACAGGCACCAUCUAUGAGUAUGGAGCCCUUACCCUCAGUGGCGAGGAGUAUAUCCAGUUCAAGCAGUAUGCAGGCCAGCACGUGCUCUUUGUCAAUGUGGCCACCUAUUGCGGCUUGACAGCUCAGUAUCCUGAACUAAAUGCACUACAGGAGGAGCUGAAGCCUUCGGGUGUCAUUGUGUUAGGCUUUCCCUGCAACCAGUUUGGAAAACAAGAACCAGGAGAAAACUCAGAGAUCCAGUUUGGGCUCAAGUAUGUGCGUCCAGGUGGUGGCUUUGUUCCCAAUUUCCAGCUCUUUGAAAAAGGGGAUGUGAAUGGAGAAAAUGAACAAAAGGUCUUUACCUUCCUGAAGAACUCCUGCCCUCCAACCUCUGAUCUUUUGGGUUCAUCAAGCCAACUCUUCUGGGAGCCCAUGAGGGUCCAUGACAUCCGCUGGAACUUUGAGAAGUUCUUGGUGGGACCAAAUGGAGUCCCUGUCAUGCGCUGGUUCCACAAGGCUCCAGUCAGCACAGUCAAGUCAGACAUCCUAGAGUACCUGAAGAUACCCAGUAGGAAGAGCUAGCAACUGGCAGAAGUAGCCUCCCUGCCUCCCACCUGAAGGACAUGUCUAACAAAGGAUCCACCUUUGCUCCACACUCCUUACUACCCAUUCUCCAUAUGACCGAAUCAUCCCAUACUACCCAAGCAGCUGCUUAUGCAUGUGUGUGUAGCUGUGAGCAAGCAAAUAAGUUGGAGUGCAUUUGUGUAUAUAUGCAUGUAUGUUUGUGUGUAUAUACACGUAUGGUUGUGUGUGUGUGUGUGCAUGCACACGCGUGUGUUUGAAGAUUAAGGGAAGGAAAACCUAUCUCCCCAAAUGUCUGAUCCUGAAAUAUGAAGUAUUUUCCCAAUUUUUUCCAAAGAAAUACCAUAUUUUAGGGUAAAUGGUUUAGACUACUCCAUGUCCCUAGAAAAGCAAUCCCAAAAUUCUGACAUCUACAUAUUCCCCAUCCUAAAGGUUUAAAGAAAGCAGGAACUGGCAGGAAGACUCUAGGUCUCCUUCAUAGCCUCCUCUCUCCUCUAAGAUAGGCAUGCAUUGUUACACUCUUCCUCUCCCUAACUAGUCCUCCUUUAUUCCUCUGCCAUCCUGCAGUUCUCUCAUAGGAUCUAUGAAGGCAAAGUGAGAGCAGAAACCUCACCUUACAUGAAAGGAGGGGCAUCUCCAUGAUGGUCAUCCCAAAGCCCCUCUGGGCCGGAUCCUACUGGAGCCUUCCUUGGUGCUUGUCCCUUAGUGAAUUUAGGUCACGGCACCUGGGAAGGGAUGUCUCUUCAUUCUGAGUGAUGAGCCUUCUCCUCACCCUGAGUCUCCCCAACUUUAAACUCAUUCUUUAGCACUGUCUCAAAUAAAAAAAAAAAAAAAUCUG